GAGCUGCAUACCACAGUAUCUUCAGUAUGCUGUUGCCAUCAGUCAGAAUGCAGAGACCAUUUCAGCUGGCAUACAGGACAUAUUUGAUACCUCAUCGCACCUGUAUCUUUCACUCCUCGAAAGGAGAACCCUCCUUGCUUAAUUAUAGACAUAAAAUAGUAUCCUUGGCUCUGACCUCCCAACAUCAGUGUCUGCAUGCAUCAGUUACUGUUUGUGUUUCCAAAGAAAGGGAAUCUUUGGAGAAAGUAUCCCAACCAGAGGAGUCUCAUUCUAAAGAACUGGGAAAAGAAUCCCAUACCGCCACAACAGGUAACUUAGCCCAGGGAGCCCCUAUAGAUUCAAGUUCGGCAGAGCUUGAUCCCCUACAAGACAAGUCAAUUAGUCUUGUGCAGAGAUUCAAGAGAACUUUUAAGCAGUAUGGAAAAGUUUUGAUUCCAGUGCAUCUUUUGACUUCCAGCAUAUGGUUUGGAGCCUUUUACUAUGCAGCUUUAAAGGGAGUAAAUGUUGUUCCUUUCCUCGAAUUCAUAGGACUGCCUGAAAGCAUUGUAAAUAUACUAAAGCAUUCUCAGAGUGGAAAUGCAUUAACUGCAUAUGCAAUGUACAAGAUUGCAACUCCAGCCAGAUACACAGUGACCUUAGGUGGAACGUCCAUCACUGUGAAGUAUCUUCGUAAGCAUGGCUACAUGUCCACCCCACCUCCAGUCAAGGAAUACAUUCAGGACCGGAUGGAGGAAACGAAAGAGCGUCUUUCGGGGAAAAUGGAGGAAACCAGAGACAUGAUAAGUGAGAAAAUGGAAGAAACAAAGGAGAGGCUAACCGGGAAAAUGGAAGAAACAAAGGAGAAAAUAACAGAAAAGAUACAGGAAACCAAAGAAAAAGUUUCAUUUAUUAAAAAGAAAGAAUAAUAUUGGAGGGGUAGCAAAGA